CAAUUUCCCUCACAUGGCUUGGGUUAACCCGGGGCUAUGGUAACAUUCACUCGCCCAUGUUGAAUCGCCGUCAAGAGGAAUCGAACCCCGGUCUCCUGCACAGAGUACGAGAGCUAUAACCACUAAUCUACGGCGCCACUAAACUAAUCUACGGCGCCACUAAACUAAUCUACGGCGCUUCUGUGCAUGAUAAAAAAUCAUUUGCAUACAGCUUAUAGUAAAUACUGCAGGGGGAGCUAAACUUAACAAUGAUGGAGAAGAACCCUUAAGAAUAAUACCUGGCACACUUCCCUUGCUAUAUUACCAAAAUUUUCGUCAAAAUUGCUAGACGGGAAGCAACUGUGUGCAAACAGAGCGGCCAUUAUGAGACAAAUAAAGGCAACCAAUCACACGCGCUCAUACCGAUACAUUACGUCAUUUAUACAUGGUCUGAAAAGUGAAUGUUAAGUGUAUGAUUCUCUUGGUAUACUUCGCGUAGCAAACGUGCUCCACAAUUUCGCUUGGCUCGCAAUGCAAUAAUAUGCUACUUGCAAACAAAUAAAAACGAUUAUGAAGAAAUAUUAUAUUCCUAGUUAAUACAAAACUUUGGUUUCAUUUUGGAUUACUUAAGUGGGAGGUUCAAAGUGAAAAUAAAAGUAGAGAAAGAAUGUGCUGAAGAUGCUAAAAGAUGGCUGCUGCUGCUGCUGUUACAGCUGCAAUUUCACAAUCUGCUCCAGUUACACAGAUGCAAAACUGGAUGAGAUUGUGUUUAGGUUCAGAAUGUUAUAACAAAGAAGCUGUUCGAAAUGUUCUUCAUAAUAAGUUUAAUAAUCCUGCUUACCAAGGACUACCUGAGGAUCCAGUUCUUUUAUUUCAAGAAUUGAAAAAAAAUCAACCACAUUUAAGUAAAUUAAAAAGCAAAAAGCGAAUUACAAAAGCACAGUGGAAAUUAUUAUAUCCAGACACGAAACAGACACAUUCAAGAGAAUUUGAUAUUCCUUUAAUGGUGAUUCUCUUGGAACAUUGCACAGAUUUAGAUGCUCCUGUAAAUGGUUGGGAUGAUAGUACCCCACCUUUGACUGAUCAAGGAUUAAGUGCCAAUUCGUUAAGAGCUCGUCAAAUGCGACACUUUUUAUAUCAUUAUGGAAAUCCAAUAUCCAUGGAUAAAAACGAGUUCUUGAGAAAAUGGACUGACUUAGAAGACAUACAAAGUGGGUUGGGCUGCGCAACUGUGGAUAUGCUUGAUUUAAAAACUGGACCUUUAGAUCCACACAAGUUAACUUACUUUAAGUGUGCAAUAACGUAUUUGGAAGAGGGACAAAAGAAGUUAUUAGGAUUGCACGAAGGUACCGCGUCUGAUGUAAAAAUGUUGAUAGAUGAAGUAUCAACAUUGAAGGAAAGUCAAAAAAACUUUCCUGAUAUUGAUGCUCGUGUUGUGAAGAUAAUAUCGCAGUACUCAGAUCUCUGUGAACAAGUUCAAGCAAAUAAGGAAAUGAUAAAGGAACAUGGUGCUAAUAUCCAAAAAAAUGCUUCAAGAAUUCAACGAAACAUAGAAAGUUUGGAAAAGCAUGACAUUGAUAUUGAGAAUUUGACAACAAAAGUGGAAGACAUGAAAUCACAUGAAGAUCUCUUGUCAAGUGGAAUGCGAUGGAAUAUUCCAGAAAACGUAUCUAACUUUUACGGUCGCACAAGUGUUUUAGACACAGUACGUCGCCAUUUCCAAAACAGCUCCUACGAAAGGGAUUAUGUAGCCGUCGUAUUAUCAGGACUGGGUGGGAUAGGAAAAACGGAAGUUGCAGUGAAAUAUGUCAGCAUGUAUGACAAGGAAUACGAAAAUGUGAUUUGGCUUGAGUGCAAUGACUUGAAAACAUCGCUAAUGAGGUUGGCAUUGUAUUUGGAGAUAGAAAGAAAUGUGUUUGAAAUUGAUGUCUUAACUCAACUGAUUUGUAGAAAGUUAAAAAACUCUAAAUGCAUGUUCGUGUUAAACGAUACAGUCGAUGGCCAAUCAAUUAAAGAAUUCAUGAAAAAUCUAAAGAAUAUGAAGAAUACACCAUGCGUGUUAAUAACAAGUCAGUACAGUGAAUGGGAUGAUGCGCGCAUAAAAAAUAUCCCAAUGGAUGUUUUAGAACCUGAUGAAGCUGUCGGUUUCCUUUGUGAAUGCUUUCCAAAGCAUGACACCGUGGAAGUGGAAAUGUUAGCUCGCGAAUUACAGUAUUUACCUUUAGCUUUGCAACAAGCAAGAAGUUACAUUAAAAAACAUGACAGGACUAUACCCGAUUAUAUCAGUUAUUUAGCAGAUAAUCGAAAAGAAUUAUUAAAUGUUCGUCUUGAUAAAACAGGUGUAACUGAAUAUGGUAAAACAUUACUGACUGUAUGGAAAAUGGCGUUCGAUAAACUUAAAGAACACGAUAACUCCCUAGCUAUCGAUAUUUUAAACAUGAUGGCGUAUAUGGAUGGUCGAUUUAUAAAUAUCCAAACCUUUUUAUAUUUAGACAAUAUUGAUGAAGUAGAGCUAAGCUAGGCUGUCGAGGUAUUAUGUGAAUACUCGCUAAUACAACGGAAUAGUUCGAAAAGUUUUAGCAUGCAUAGUUUAGUCCAAAAGAUCACCAUAUUUUAUGACAAAAUUGUUCCUUUAUCAUCCGAAGUUAAUAAUAGCCAUUUUUCCAAA